AUGAGAUUCGCCACAGCAUUUACAGCUGCUGCAUCACUGCUUGCGACUUCAGCGGCGCAUGGUGGCGUAGACGUAUAUACCGUGGGCACCACUACAUAUCAAGGGUGGUCACCUUACAAUUCCGCAGCCGGCCAGAAGACUAUACAACGCCAGUAUUCCUCCUACGAUCCACUCCUGAUCAAGGACCUCUCGUCGGUCAACAUCCGUUGCAAUAAUGCUGGCAUCCUUGGCAGCGGUGUUACGGGUACUGUCGCCGCAGGCGAGAAGCUGAAGGCUCACUGGAAGCAAUGGACACAUCGGCCUGCAUCUAUAAUGGUUUAUAUGGCCAAGUGUCCUAGUGCAGAUUGCAAUGGAUGGGAUGGAGCUGGAAAGGUGUGGUUCAAGAUCUACCAUCAAGGUCUAAUAUCUGGCACUCAAAACGCGGGUAUAUGGGCAGGGGACUCACUUGUGGAUACUCUUGAGGCAACCGUCACGAUUCCGGCUACUCUGGCGCCAGGGGAGUAUCUUAUUCGACAUGAGCUCCUCGCUCUACACCAGAAGGACAACCCGCAAUUUUACCCCGAAUGUGCCCAGUUCACCGUUACUGGAUCUGGCACCAUUGCUCCUCCAUCUUCCGCCCUCGUUUCCUUCCCUGGGGCUUACAGUGCCACUGACCCAGGUGUUGCUUUCAACAUUGACUCUGAGGAAGCCAAGAAAGCUACUACCUAUCCCAUUCCAGGCCCUGCUGUGUGGGAUGGCACGGGUAAUGCGCCUGCUCCUGGUACAGAUCCUGCA